AUAUCGUUUUAAGAAAUAUCUAAAUAAUAAUUAUUUAAUUAAACAUGAAUAAAAGAAAAUUUGAAGAGGAAAAUGAAAAUAAACAAAAUAAUGGAAAUUCUUCAACAGAAACAAUAAAAGUUAAACGGAUUUUAUCACGUUUUAAAUCAGAUAAGGGUGAAAUAUUACCUGGUGGUUUAUUAGAUUUACCUAUAAAUAUUACAGUUGAUAAAUUACAAGCAAUUUGUAAUACACUUUUACAAAAUGAAGAACCUAUACCUUUUGCUUUUUAUGUAAAUAAUAUUGAGAUCACAGAUAGUUUGGAAAAUAACAUUAAAGAAAAUUUUAAUGUUAGUGAGGAUAUAAUUGAAGUUAUAUAUCAACCACAAGCAAUUUUUAAAGUAAAAGCAAUUACACGAUGUACUGGAUCUUUAGAAGGACAUAAAGAGGCAGUAAUAUCAGUUGCUUUUUCACCUAAUGGAACAUGUUUAGCUAGUGGUUCUGGAGAUACAACAGUUAGAUUUUGGGAUAUAUACACACAAACUCCAUAUUAUACAUGUGAAGGUCAUAAACAUUGGGUAUUAUGUAUAUCAUGGUCUCCAUGUGGAACUAAGCUAGCAUCUGCAUGUAAAAAUGGUACCAUAUUAUUAUGGAAUCCAAAAACAGGAAAACAGAUAGGAAAAGCUAUGUUAGGUCACAAAAUGUGGGUUACUUCUUUAUGUUGGGAACCAUAUCAUAAAAAUUCUGAAUGCCAAUAUUUAGUUAGUGCUUCAAAAGAUUGUGAUUUAAGAAUAUGGGACACAAUACGUUCACAAACAGUUCGUAUUCUUUCUGGUCAUACAAAAAGUGUAACAUGUGUUAAAUGGGGUGGAAAUGGUCUUAUUUAUUCUGCUUCACAAGAUAGAACUAUAAAAGUAUGGAGAGCUAAAGAUGGAAUUCUAUGCAGAACAUUAGAAGGUCAUGCACAUUGGGUGAAUACUUUAACAUUAAAUGUCGACUAUGUACUCAGAACUGGUCCUUUUCAUCUUGGAACAGAGCAAAAUGAAACUGAAACUCGUGUAGAAUAUGCAAAAAAAUAUUAUGAAUCUGUGGGUGAAGAAAUACUUGUUUCUGGUUCUGAUGAUUUUACAUUAUUUCUAUGGAAACCAGAAAAGGAAAAAAAAUUCAUUGCAAGAAUGACAGGACAUCAGCAAUUGAUUAAUGAUGUAAAAUUCUCGCCAAAUGGUCGUAUAAUUGCAUCUGCUUCAUUUGAUAAAUCAAUAAAAUUAUGGGAAUCAAAUACAGGAAAAUAUAUAACUUCAUUAAGAGGUCAUGUACAAGCUGUAUAUUCAAUUUCAUGGAGUGCAGAUUCUCGUUUACUUGUUAGUGGCAGUGCAGAUUCUACUUUAAAAGUAUGGAGUUUAAAAACGAAAAAACUUUGUCAAGAUUUACCUGGUCAUGCAGACGAAAUUUAUGCAGUGGAUUGGUCUCCAGAUGGAUGCCGUGUCGUAUCCGGUGGAAAGGAUAAGAUUUUACGACUUUGGCAAAAUUAAACAAUGUGUACAAAAUUUUUUUUAAUAAUUUUGAAGUUUUAUGCAAUUAACAAAUGAAAUUUUCACAAACAAAAUAUUUAUUCGAAGAGAUCUUAGAUUUAAUUAAGAUCUUAGAUUUAAUUAUUAUGUAAUU